UCGAAAGUUCAUCGACUUCAGAAGCGCUUUGCGUGUACAGUGGCAAAAGACCUCCAUCGUGGGUUUACCGCUGUGGUUGACUACCGUUCAGAAAUAUUACUCAUACCUACGAAAAAAGAAAAACUUAUUGAUCUAUUCAACAACAUUGUCAAAUUAACAUUCAUAACGACUGAAAUCAAUCUGCAUUGUGGUGUAUUUUUGGUUGCUUUUUUUUUGUCAAGCACUAAUUGCUCUCUGUACCGUUGCAAAGCUUUCUGUGAUAAGAAGUAUUCCCACCAGCUCCGCCAACAGUUAUCUCAUAAUGGACUUUGCGCGCGAUAGCAAACGGCUGUUCAGUGUACCCCAAGCAGUCCUGUAGCUAUGUUGAAGAACGCCGUUGCAUUAAUUACCGGCGGAGCGUCCGGGCUAGGAUUAGCCACAGUCGAACGGUUUGCACGAUUGGGAUGCAGAGUGGUGGUGGCCGAUCUACCAUCGUCAAACGGAGAAAAAGUUGCUUCGACAUUGGGAGAUAAUGUGAUAUUUGUACCCACGGAUGUUUCUUCGGAACAAGGUGUGUCCAACACCCUUGAUGAAAUAAAAAAUCAGUUCACUCGAUUGGACGUCCUCGUUAACUGCGCCGGAAUUGCCUUCCCGGAAAAGGUAUACGACUUUAAAAAGAGCAAACCGCACAGUUUGAAGUCGUUUCAGGCCUUGUUGAACGUUAAUACAGUAGGCACUUUCAAUGUCAUUCGAUUAACCGCUGGUUUAAUGGCGCAGAAUGACCCGGAUGGUAACGGUCAACGCGGAGUUAUCGUCAACACGGCUUCUGUACUGGGAUACGAUGCGCAAUCGGGGUUGGCAGCUUAUUCGGCCACUAAAGCCGCCAUUAUCGGAAUGACUCUUCCGAUUGCGCGUGAUCUAAGCGGCCAGGGAAUUCGGGUAAACACAAUUGCACCCGGUUUGUUCGGGACCAACAUGACAGACGAACUUCCGAAGCAGGUGACCAAGAUGCUGAUCAGUAUCAUUCCGUUUCCGAAAAGAGCUGGCCAUCCGGACGAGUUUGCUCAGCUGGUGCAAAGUAUUGUGGAGAACCCUAUGCUAAAUGGGGAAGUGAUUCGAUUGGACGGAGCUGCAAGAUUCAACGUUUGAUUUAUUGGCAAUAAAAAGUAUUUUCAAUGCAA